CUAUUCCUGAAAAGUAUCGAAACAACUUGAGGCUCGCUUCAGUUUUCAGGAGAACGGUAUUCGACGCUGACAAGAGUUCUUUACAACAGUGAUAAGGUACCACAGAAGAAAAAGAAUAUUACGUGACAUUUGUGUUUUUCGUUGUUAUCUGAUUGCUCUGGGAGUAAUCUGAGAAACACGAUUACCUGUAUUACGCAGUGGACUGACAUGGAUCAACGAAUUGUCUGCUGAUUAAUCAUUGACUCACGAUUAUAUUACUGGCUGUAAUUUAGUCGCUCUCGAGGUAGCGUGAAUUCCAGUGGAACUCAAAAUCAGCUCAACUUGAAAGUCCAGAGGAUAAUUUUUAGCAACUAUGCAUGUUCAAAAAGCUUUGGAGCGAAAGCUCUCUCAAAGAGAACCCCGUCAGGAACUUGUGAACAGAGGCAUAAUGCCAGCUGUUAGUGCAGCACCAGCAAUUCUUUCUCAGAGGACAAAGCUCGAACGAGCGAAGACUGGUGAUUUACUGCAGAAGAAAAUACGAGCAAGACCAAAUCGUGCUCAGCUGAUUCAGAGACACAUUUUAAAAGAAACUCCUGGUGCUGUGGAUCCUUCACUGAUCGACAAGCAAAUGCAACUAAAAAGGAAGAAACUGGAAGAUAACCUCAAUGACAAACUGUCAUAUAGACCAGGCCCUUUGGAGCUAGUGAAGGAGAAUAUCCUGGAAGCUGGUACUCCAAUGAGCCAAGCAGUUCAAGAGGGUACUGUACCUUUUACUGAAACCACAGAUUACCUGGAUUCCUUUUCCCCAGAGAGUGUUGACUCUCCAGGUGCAUCUCCUUCACCAGAUGUGGGCCAAGUGUCUUCCCCUUCAAGUGUGGGUUCACCCCCAGUGUCAACAAGCAUAACAUCCUCAGUGCAGGCUCUUGCUUCUCUGCAAGCACAGACUAAAAAACACACUCAGCAACAACAAGCAAAGCAGCAACAGCAACAUCAGUUGUUUUUUCAACAGCAAAAUGGCUUUAAUCUAACAGCACCUACACAACUCCCAGUGCAGGUUUCAUCAACAACACCAAAGAAGGAAACAGCAAAGUCUCGUAAGAAAGCAGCCAAGCCAAAGGUUAAAAAAUACAAGUAUCAUGAGUAUCGGCCACCUAAUGGUGAGGUACAGAAGUGCGAAUUGCCACAAGACUCACCAUAUGGUUUGUUAUUACAGCAACAGCAACUUUACCUCCAGCUGCAAGUGUUAUACCAGAACUACCCUCAUCAUUGUAUGUUGCCUCCCAUUCCAGAAAAUGUGAAACUUGGGGCAAAUGGCUCUAAGAAUGGCACUGGUAGUGAUUCUGAAAAAACUGUGAAAAUUGAAGAUAUGCGAGUCAUUGACAUGAGGAGAGCUCUAAAGGAACGCGGGCUUCCAGUGUUUGGCUCUAAAACUGACUUAAUUAAGCGCCUCAGGGAGGCUGGGCCUCUCCCAACAGAGGUUGUACCAAACUCCAGUAGUGCUGCACCUGUUGUGGUGUCAACACAAGAGCAGAUAACAACCUCUGCACCAAGUAUGUCUCAAGCUUUUCCAAGAACAACAACCCAUCUACCAGUGCAGCGCUCAAAUUCCUUGCCUAUGCAAAAUGCACAAAAUUCAAGUUUGGAAGCUGUAGAGCAGUUGAAGAUGCAGAUAUUAGCAAAUAACCAAAGCCUUCAACAACUUAGUGUGCCACCAGAAGUUCAGCAACAACUCCAACAGCUUCAAUAUUUGAACCUUCAGUUGCAACUGAAGCACCUAAACAUUCAACAGCAACAGAACAUCCAGCCAAAACCUCAAAAUACACCUGUCACCAAUCAGAAUGUAGCAAUGAAAAAGGAAUCUCUGACAGACAAAAAUUGUUCUUUUAGCCCACCACCUGAUCACAAACAAAUAAAGGAGCAAAAGCCAUUAUUCAUAAUGCAACAACAGGGCCAACAUGUACAAUUGUCACCUGGAAAUCAUUCACCCCAGCAACAGCUUCCUCAUCAGCCCAAACAGGUUGAUAAUGCUUUGGCUCAUUUACAAGAACAGGCUCAGUCAUUGGACCUAAGCCCUAACAAUUUUGACUCUAAUCCCAGCAGUGUGGAAAGCCAUGUUCACCCUUGGGAUCAACAACAUCCUUUAUUCGAUGGAGAGAGCGAUUCAUUUCCCUCACCUGGUUCACAGCACUCAGAAUUGUCAAACUUAUCACCUUUGCAAAUGGAUCAACUUUCUCACAGUAUGGAUACUUUACCAAAUGGUAACCUUUUCCAGGGCAGUGUGAAACUAGAAAGUCACCAAAUGCAAAGGUCAUAUUCAGAGAGAUCUUCAUCUGAUUGCCCAGAUGACUACUUCUUGAUGCUGCCACAGACAAAGCCACGGUCACUGUCUGAGCCGCAGUUUCCUGUUUCAACGCAUAAGCGAUCAUCAUCAUUUCCAUCGAUCCCUUUUGCUGCUCCUCCGCCAAGUUAUGAGGCUCACAUGGCUGCACAGUCGCAAAAGCAGAACAGAAACCUUUCACUUGGUGGGCAGAUUGGUGGGGCCCUUGCUAUGCCAAGUACCAGUCCUAAGCAAGAUGUGGAUUUGCCCCUAGAGUCUGUUAUCCAGGACAAGGAAUUAUCUCAAGAACUCCACAAGGCAAUGAUGAAGAAUCUCAGUUCACUGGAUCACGAUGAAAUACUUGAAAUCCUAGGAGAACCUCGCAGUCAAUUGCCAACAAGUAGUGCUUCUUUUGCUGGAGUAAUGUCAACAUCACAGUCAUCACCUGCACACUCUUUUACUGGGAGUAAAUCACCAGGUCUGGGAUACCUGCACACUCUACCAACACAUAGAAUUUCAAAGAGCUGUGAGGAUGUAAGCCAAAUGCCUGUUGGCAACAAAUUUCCCCCACAAAUGGACAAUGGUUCUUUGUCUAAUUUUGACUAUAUGCUAAUGAGCCCUAUGUCUCCCAUGAAAGUGGAUUCUUGUGACACAGAUGAUAGUUCAUGCUUAAUGGAUCACACUUCCAAUGCUAUACCUAUUCCAACACCAAACAAUGGAGCAGGAAGGACAGAUACUCUAGGCUGGCUUGAUUUAAGCCUAUCACCAUCUGCACAGAUUCUGACACAACAAGGAAGUACUGAACUUACUCACAAUAACAAUAUCAGCAAAGGAACACCCCCGGCAUUUUUGUAUGACCCCAUGACAACAUUGAAGGGUGAUGAGGCUUUACCUUAUCUAUCUCUGUUUGACCUAGAGACUCCAACAGCACUACAACCACCCACAGACUUUGCAGAAACAAUGGAUUAUUGCAUCUAGAUUGUGGUUUGGUUGACUAUUGGUAGUUAUUUGGUUACAUAAUAUGGUGAUUAACUCUAGUAAUAGUCAAUAAUGAUAGUUGCCAUGUUGGAAAUUACUGUCAAUGAAAACCUAAGAAAAUGUAGGUUAGUUGUUUAGGUAAAUGCGUAUUUCCUCCAUUUGUGUGCUGACAAAUAAGACUACUUUUUAUAGUUAAAACUAUAAAACUAGCUCCAUCUAAUGGGAAAAUCAUCUCUUCAUUCACCCCUUGUUUUUUUUGUUCUCAAUCAAAACUAAAUAUUCUGCUUUUCUUUGUUGGUAAGACUACUGAAACUGUGAAUUAAGUGUUUAUUAAACUUUCUUUAUUCAGAAACAGAUCAAAACAUGUACAGAUGCAUUAGGAGAUACAUUGAAAUUUGACAUCUAAGUUAGGUUAUAAGUACAUUUGAGUGUGUUGUUCUAAACAAGUAAAUUGCAGUGUGCUUUUGUGCCCUAACACUGUCCUUUUGUUAGUAGGAUAAACCCAGUCACUCUGCCAUUGCUCUUAAAGUAACUUGCAAAGUUGAUCAGGGGUUUUGCUUGCAUGGCAUGUAGUAGAAUAUGACAGUCAUAAAUCUGUGUACAUUGCCACGAUUGAUAGUAAAGGCAAUAGCCACUCAUUUUUGAAAAACAAGACUUCUCUUUAAACUAUAGUAUCUGCUAUCUGACAAAAUAAUUUUGCAAUUAAUCAAUUCUGAUGUAGGGGAGUUUAUCCAUCAAGAUGGUUACAUUCAAUUCAUCAAGCUUCACUCCAAUACUUUUUGACAAUUUCCAAUACUUUUGACAAUCAGCAAACUGACUUUAUAAUUAUAAGUGGCCUCGUUAGACAAGCACAGACUUAAAUCCAUAACGUUUAUUGCUUUCCCUUGCAUCCUCUCACAAAUAUUGUUUAAAAAAAAGCUAUCUUUUUUUGUACAUUAAUUUGAAGAUUUACCAAGAGCCCCAUACCAUAAACUGAUUCUAGACUAGGUAUCUGGGUGUAUCAUCAAUUUCUAUUCCACCCACAAGAUAAAGGCAACUAAAAUGAUGAAUAUCACUGCUUCCUCCCUAAGAAAAAUUGUCAGAAUGAGUAAAGCUUUGUUGUUUGGAAAUACUUGGGUAGGUUUCCUCUUUGGAAAUAAUUUUCAAUUAGUGUUAUUAAAUGAGAACUAUUCCAGAAAGUGAGCAGGUUUUGCUGAAUGAAGAACAGUCUAAUUGGUCAUGAUUCAGAUUUAGUUGAAGUCAGUAAGCAGAUAUUUGACUAAUUUUAACAAUGGAAUAACCCAUCAUUGAUCAGUGGUUGAAUCACUGUUAUCAAUAAUAUCUUGAUUUAGAAAACUGCUCUUGUUAUUAGCCCUCUUGACAUUUCAUUUCACAGACUUGCAAAUCAUUGUAUUCAUUCACAAAAAAAGACAGUCAAUUGUAUGUUUGCAUUUGUCUCGCAAUCAGUACCUUUCAGUUCUCUUGGAGGAGGUGAAGGGCUGUGAAUUUUUUUUCUUUACAUCCAGGGACAUUCUACUGCACUUUCAGUAGAGAAAAUAAAUUAAAUGUAGUAUUAUAUCAAGGGCAUUAAAGCAUGUCAUUAAGUUUGAGGUAAAGGAAGGGCAAAUCGUAGAGUCAGCUUUUUUUUAAAAAAGAAAUUCAAGUGCAGUGUGAAGAUCUUGAGGAGGCAUAGACAAUUUCAAGAGGUGUUUAUUAUUUUUGGAAAGCAAUGUGGCAUUUCUUUGUAACUGCUUUGUAAUUUGUACUUAAGAGUACUUGGACAAUUCCCUUGCUAGUUGCAAAGACAGUUGUGUUUCUUUUAAUGAAAUGUGUUUGAUGUUUUAGGUCCACUUUCUGUCAUUCUUUUGGUGACAUUUAAUUACCAUACAGUGUUUUGUAUUAAAUUUCACUCAGAACUCUG